GUGGCCCAGUGAAGCAGAAACUAGAAUUUGCGGGACCACAGGCACACCACCAUGUGCCUGUUUCUACAAAUGAACUUCCCAACGUGGCCACGAGCUCGCAUCCCUGGGAGUGAAACCUUGGGGGUGUGAAUUCACUAAAAAUUCGUGUGCAUGAUGGGGAUUGGCGGGGGGAAGGGCAAACUGGACUGUCCUCGUGGAAAACCGCAUCGGCGUGCCCUCGGAGCUCUACAUUUAAGGAAGUUGGCUGGGGGAGGGGGCUUGCCCUGCGGCUGCGUCCUGCUCCCCGCACCCUCCCCCCCCCCCCCCCCCAAAGCCUCUGCUGCCGCUAAACCCCGGAGAGCGGAGCGUGCACGUUGAGAUUCCUCGGCGGGCCUGGCAGCGGCUGCUGGGCAUGCUCAGUGGGCAGGACCCGUUAGAGUGGCGAGUAAGGAAGCGUUGGCUCCUCUCUGGGUCUGCCUUCCCCGGUUCAGGCCCCGGCCCUGGGCUUUUGUGUGCGCGGAGCUGCAGCCGCCGCUGCCUCCUCGCGGGGCCGCCCGACCCCAGAUGCCGGCCGGCCUGUCCGGUUUCCGCCGUUAACCUCGCCGCGCGGCUGGAGGAGGAGCGGGGCGGGGCGGGGCCCGCGGGCCGGCGGCCGGGCGGGCAGGAGGGCCCUGCCGGGGGUGGGGGCGGCACAGGCACCAAGAUGUCCAACCGAGUGGUCUGCCGGGAAGCCAGUCACGCCGGGAGCUGGUACACAGCCUCAGGACCGCAGCUGAACGCACAGCUAGAAGGUUGGCUCUCACAAGUACAGUCUACAAAAAGACCUGCUAGAGCCAUUAUUGCACCCCACGCAGGAUAUACGUACUGUGGGUCUUGUGCUGCUCAUGCUUACAAACAAGUGGAUCCAUCCAUUACCCGGAGAAUUUUCAUCCUUGGGCCUUCUCAUCAUGUGCCCCUCUCUCGAUGUGCACUUUCCAGUGUGGAUAUAUAUAGGACACCUCUGUAUGACCUUCGUAUUGACCAAAAGAUUUACGGAGAACUAUGGAAGACAGGAAUGUUUGAACGCAUGUCUCUGCAGACAGAUGAAGACGAACACAGUAUUGAAAUGCAUUUGCCUUAUACAGCUAAAGCCAUGGAAAGCCAUAAGGAUGAGUUUACCAUUAUUCCUGUACUGGUUGGAGCUCUGAGUGAGUCAAAAGAACAGGAAUUCGGAAAACUCUUCAGUAAAUAUCUAGCGGAUCCUAGUAAUCUCUUUGUGGUUUCUUCUGAUUUCUGCCAUUGGGGUCAAAGGUUCCGUUACAGUUACUAUGAUGAAUCCCAGGGGGAGAUUUAUAGAUCCAUUGAACAUCUAGAUAAAAUGGGUAUGAGUAUUAUAGAACAAUUAGACCCCGUAUCUUUUAGCAAUUACUUGAAGAAAUACCAUAAUACUAUAUGUGGAAGACAUCCCAUUGGGGUGUUAUUAAAUGCUAUCACAGAGCUCCAGAAGAAUGGAAUGAAUAUGAGCUUUUCCUUUUUGAAUUAUGCCCAGUCAAGCCAGUGUAGAAACUGGCAAGACAGUUCAGUGAGUUAUGCAGCGGGAGCACUCACGGUCCACUGAAGCUCUGAAUCCUCAGGGAUGCCACCUGCACAUACUCAUUCUCUGUCCGGGGUCCCAGCCUAGCCCUUACCAAGAUACUGGUCCUGGUUUGGGGGGAUUCUGAAACCUCAAACUAAUAGAACUUUCUUCUCUUCUUUUCUAGUAGGUGUAGUCCUUCCUUAAUUUCAACUCAUUAAAAAAUGCUUUAUAGUUUAGGGCAGUGGAAGGAAGGCUGGCAUCAAAAUAUUUUGAUCAAAAAAGAUGGCAAUGUGAAGGCCCAGUUGUGGGAGACAGUUUUUUUGAGAGUAACUUGUAAAGCAUUUACCAUAUCCUAAAUUUGCACUCUUUGCAGACUUGUGCACAUAUAUUCCGCUUUCAGAAUAGUUUUGCAAAUUGUACACAAACAAACAAAAAAGGGUGGAAGCUUUUUAAUAAAGAAAUUGCAUUUAUAAAUGAUCUGUAUUAGAAUAUAAUAAAUCUCCAGUUAUAGUCAAUUACUACCCGUGUUGUACAACAGAUACCUUCUAUUUUAGUUGCUAAUAAAGGGCUACACAACUCAAAAUAGUCUGAUUUAAACUUAUUGCUCUGUGGUACAUAAGAAAAUUGUUUUUUUAUUAAUUCCAUCUCAGAAUUUUUAUGUUAAAAGUGGUAAACUUCAGCUCAUGUAGAGAUAUGUUAGGAUGUAUUUUAUUUUUUAUAUAUUUAUGUGAUUUUUUUUAUCACAGAUAGAAUCAUAUUUUAAAGUUAGCUUUUAAAUUACAUAUAGUUUGCCUUUUUGUGUGUGACAUCACUUUGUGUCAUUACUAUAUUGUAACGAUAUAAAUUCAAGAUUGGUAAAAGAAUGUAGAUGUAGUCCUUUCCUUCAAAGAUUGUGUUUGAUAGGCACUAGUCUGCAAAUGAGGAAAUGUUGAAGAGUAUUCUUAGUGAUUUUCAAAUCAUUGCAGACCAAACACUACUGCUAUGCCUUUGUAGUGCUUUUAAGCAGUUUGACUCUCUAUUUGAAUUUAUAGCAAGAAAUCAUUAACAAUAACAAAAACAAAAAAAGCCACUGGAUUUUCUUACAGUUCUACAAAUUUUUUUGUCAUGAUUUUUGGUGCGGCUCUUCCAACUAAAAUAAUGGUAUGGUGUUGUAUUUCUUUUUUUAGCAUAGACCAUUCCUAGUCACUUUGGGGGGAAAAGAUAUAUAAAUAUAUAUAAUUUGAUUAGUUAAUUAUUGGCCACCAUGCAUGUAUUAGAUUAUACCUGUUUCAGUAUAACACUGGGUAUCUACAUCACACUGGAGAGCAUUUGUAUCUUCAGUCUUAUGCCGGAAUAGCACAAUUUUUAGAUGCCUUGCACCAAUUUUAUUUAAAGAUUUGCAUUUCUUACUUACUAAAUAUCAACUUUCUAUACUCAAGAAUUGAGAAAAAAUAAUGUUUUGGAUUCAAAAUUACCCACCUAUAUGUGUAUGGAAAUUAUACUUGUACACGUUAAUGAUUUAUUUCCCAUCACUUAGGUAUACUUUUGAGUACCAUAAAUAUUUAUUCCUUAUUUAUUAUACAGACUAUAAACAUUUUAAACUUGACUACAGAGUGCAUUUUUAUUAUUUUCUGAGUAUAAAAUGGAUACAUGAUUAUUAUAGAAAAUUUAGAAAAUACUGAAAAGGAUAAAGAAGAGAAAAAAUUGUCUGCAACUUCACUAUCCAGAGAUAACACUGUUAAUAUUUUUUGUAUUUCCUCUCAGUCUUUGUCUAUGCUAUUUAUAUGUAUGAGUGUGUAUAUGUGUUUGUGUGUGUGCAUAAUAACAAAAUUGAGAUUAUAUUGACCAUAUAGUUGUAUAUCCUACUUUUUAUAACUUCCUAAGUACUCCCCCAUAUCUUGGAAAGUGUGAUUUUUAAAAAAUGGCUGCCUAAUAUUUUAUUGUAUGAAUAUAUACCAUAAUCGAACCAGUUCUCUCUUUGGAUAUCAGAUUGUUUCUAGUAUUUCACAAUUAUAAAUAAUAGUGGGAUGAACAUCUUUGUAUGUGAAAUUUGAACUGUAUAUUAGACUAGUUCUUAAGGAUAUAUUCAUGGGAGUGGGAUAAUUGGUUUAGAUGGUGAGAACUUUUUAGGCACUUUAAAAUAUGGCCAAAUUACCCUUCAGAAAGUUUGUACCAAAUUAGCAAUACAUGACUACCCAUCAUACUUCCCCUUCUCCACUAUUGAUUAUUAUUUUCUAAAUUUUUGACAAUUUGUUAAGCAAAUAAUUGGUUGUACUUUUGUUCAUUCUAGUAAGAGUGGCUUUACCGUGAAUACAUUUUUUUUUUCCUUCUGUGAUUUUGUAGUUGAUUGAUUAAUAGAAAACAUGAGAGGAUUGCUUAGCUUGAGUGGGUGACACCCCUGUGAAUAUGUUUACUGUGCAUUUGAAACUCUGGAAUAUUUCACCAUCACUCUACCCUUUCCUAGAAUAUGAGCAUAUCUUUCAUACUCAAUUAUGAAGUAGAAAGAGUUCCAAACUGGUAGUUGAGUACUGGAUUCUAGUUCAGUCUGUGCCACUGUUGAGUUCUCUUACCAUAAAUAUUUUGUGUUCUACUGAGACAUUCUCAUCUGUAAAAUGUGGAAGUGAUCUUUUAAGGACAUUUUAGUAUCAAAGUAUUUUAGUGUUGGGACUAUUCUUUAGAGAUUCUGGUGUCACUUAAAUGUUAAAAAGCUACAUGAUUAAAUUAGAUUAGAAGUUUUAUCUAAUUUCACCUCUGCAUACAUAAAAAUGAAAGUCUUAACACAAAAGGGAAAUUAAUUUGCAUAAUUCAGUACAGUUACUAUUACCUAAAUAAUAAGCUUUUCUACUUUAAGUGCCUUAAAAGUGUUUUGUAUUUGAAAUCUAAAAUGUAAAGGAAAUUAUUAUGUAGUUCUGUACAGUUUCUUCUUUAUUAUGUACUUGUGAGUUAUUUGCAGCAACUUUUUUUUUAACCGUAGAUUGCACAGAGCAGUAUAUUCAUGGAUUCUUCACUAUUCUACUAGUGAGGCGUUGGGAAAUGUAUGUUAAAGAUUAGCUCAGUGAGCAGGUAAGUAAAUGCUUUGUCUUGGGUGGGCAACAAAUCUUCAUACAGAGUAGGAUAAAGGACUAUUCAGAUAUCCCAGUGUUUAUAUUUAGAUACUCCAGUGUGGGUGGUAUGUCCAGAGUUAGUCAUUGAUUAUUGUUGCAGGUCACACAUUUUUCUUUGGCAGUAAAUAGUUUAUUGCCCUAGAUUAGACGUUGGCAAAUGUUUUGUGUAAAGGGCUAGAUACUAAAUUUUGGGGGUUUGCAGGCCAUAUAGUCUCUGUCCCAACUAUUCACCUUUGCCACUUGUAGCACAAAAGCAGCCAUAGGCAAUAUGUAUGUGAAUGGAUGUGGCUCUGUUUCACUCAAACUUUAUUUACACAAAAAUACAGCUGGAUUUGGUCCAUGGGCCAUAGUUUGCUAUCCCCUGUCCUAAAUAUUGUAGUUUACUUGUAGUUCAAAUAUUGGUCAGUAAAAUUGCAACAAAUGAUUGUAAGUUUAUAUUAUCCCAAAUCUCUCUUAAUUUGAUGUAGUCUGCAUGGCUGGGUUUGAGUGUUAUGUAGAAUUAUAAAGAUAAGUAAGGAAGUGGGUAAAGGAAACUGGGAGGUCUUAGGAGCUAGUGUUAAAGCACUUUGAAGCCCUUUCAUUUGCUGAAGUCCAUUGAGAGUUUUGCUUUGCUACCAAAAAUUAAAAGAGUGAUGAGUAGAGGUUGUGACUGGUUGUUGCAAAUUAUAGACAUUAUUUUAAGCCCUUGGCUAUGUAGAUGGUAUUAGAAGAUGGAUGAGAUGAACCUUUUACCUGAGUAUUCUAGGCAUAGACCAGUAAUUUAAGAGAUAUGGUAAAAUGUGACUCUAUUUUGUGACUACCAUCUUUCAUCACCAUCCCUUAAUAUUUAACCCCCCACUCCCACCCUGCCCAAUAUUUAGUUGAUGGGAAAAUUACUACACUGUUUUGGUCUCAUUUACUCUGGAUCACUGAAAACUUCAUCAAAGAUUAGUAUUAGUCCAUAGACUGGCAGUUGGGUAGUGCUGGGGUAUGGUUGCUUGAAAGACCUAGUGUGGUUGUAGAACUAUUACUGAUUAGGAGGUGUAAUAAACCACAUCCAGUCUGACAUUCAGUCUAAAACGUUUAUAUUAUGUUGAAUGGUAAGUGCUACAUAUUAAGGGGGACAUUAUGAACUAUAGUGUUCAUAGGGAAGCAUCUGGAAUGAUGAAAGUCGUAAGUGCUAUAGAGAGUGGAUGUAGUUAAAGAAAUUGAUAAUAUUUAUUUUGGAGAAGAUAAGUUUAAAGAGAGGGAGUUCCCCCCCUCCCCCCCAAAUACUUGAUUACCAUGUGUAGGAAGGAAUAGAGUUGUUCUUUGUUGUUCUUGGUGGAAAAAUUAAGAAAUGGAAGUUUCUGGUUCCACAUUUAAUGUUCUGUGUGAGAAUUUCUAAAUGCAAAUCAGCUGUGUCCUCAUAAAAGCAUUGGAAGUACUCAAAAGCUAGAUCAGUGGUUCUCAGAGUAGCAUCCUUUACUUUCAGCAUCAGCAUCAUCCUGGGUAUAUUAUUGGUGUAGAUCUUAAAUGAUGGAACACCAAGCUGAAAAAAAGCUAAUGGAAUUAGUACAAAUAAAAUGGAACUUACUUCAUGUGUAUAAAAUUAUCAAGGGCAGUAAUUUUUAAGUAAAAAUUGAUUUUGAUCAUUUAACACUAACUUUCAACAUAGAUUAUGAAUUGAUUGUUACAUGUUAGUGGAAGAACACUGGACCCUUAGAAUAAUUAAUAUACUUUUGUUUUAGUUAAAACAUUUAAAUAUAAGCUAGAAGUUUCUAUUUACUAAAAUACAUUUAAGUUGUUCUUUAAAUCAUUGACUUAACUUUGUUAAACAGGUGCUUCUUCAACAUUAAAACAGCCAUAACCAUAGCAGAAGAGGGUGUUGAGGGAGCUUGCUCUUCUUAUACAUGUGAAUGUCCGAAUAUUAGGAAGGGAGCCAAGAGCAGCUGGCAGAUAAAUUUUCUCUGCCUUCUUUCUCUUUUACCCUUAAGUACGACUGAGUGACAGGUCACACUAUUAUUGACUGUGCUAUAUUUGGUAAAAGUACUUCAAGUGAUGCUGGUAACUGGGACUUCUGUCUUUUUAAAGUCACUGUUGUGGAUGGAAUUUGUUUGCCUAUCAUGAGUUCAUUGAUAAAUGCUGCUUUUGGGGGUACUAUGUGAAAUUUAGAGUUUUAGAUUUGUUGUUUAUUUAAAGGUUCUCUGGGGGAUUUCAGAGUGGUUUGUGCCCAAGAUGUGUCACAUUUAUUGCUUAUGUGUGUAAGUUUAACUCUAAUACAAGGUUUUUGCCAACACCCUAUAAAAGAAUAGAAAAAACUUUUAAAGCCAAUUCUUCUGAUUUUGAAAGCCAUAAUUUAAUACAAUUGGUUUUUCAUUAUAAAAUGUUUAAAUGCAUAUUUUAUACUGUACAGUGAGGUUUUAACUUUACUAGCUGUAGUCCUAUUUUUUUCCUGUCAUCCUAAUAGUGAAACCAAAGAGCAUAUAAAUACCAUUAUUAAGCUAUUGAAGACCAAGUGUAUUUGGCUGUGUGCAAGACCUGACUUCUGGUCUUUAAAUCGGCCAGUGUAACUUUUCAAAAAUAUUUUAAUUUUUCUGGCCACCGUAUUCUCUAAAUUACUUACUGAACGUGGUGUUACAUACAUUUAAGUAAGAAAUACUAGAACAUGUUGAAAACUCAAAAAAAAUCCAACACAAACACUAGAAUGAUAUAUAAAUGACAUAUGAAUGACAGAGUUUUGUGAGUUUUUAAAUGAAAUACUUAGACUGUUGAAGUAGAUAGAUUUAACAAAAGUAUUUUUAGCUUAACAGUUUCAUAAAUGGAAUUUUUUUUAAGUUUUCUUUUCUAUUAAAAUUUAUCCACUUGAAUCUAAUAGACAAAAUUUGUUCGAUUUUGAUGAAUUUUAAAGCAAGGAGAACAAAAGAGAGUCUUCAUAUGAAGUGUUUUCUGAAGGACAGGAAAGUAUAAUCCUUUUAAUUGGAAGCAUUUUUUAAUUGGAUUUUUCCAUUUUCAGUUUUUAAUUGUGGAAACCAGCUUCCUUACUGAUUUUAAAAGAUGGUAGAACUUAAUAUUCCCAGGCUCUUUGUAGUGCCAAAUGAAAUGAAUGAUAGUGUAAGUGAUCUGGUAAAUUUGAAACCACUGGCCCAAGGUUCUUAGUUCAUAUUUUACAGUAUCUUUUGGUGUUUACUGGUAUUUAGAAGUGUUACAAAGUUUUAAAAACAGUAAUUAAAAUGUGUUUGAGCUGCUUGCCCAAUGACAUGUCGAGCCAACUCUCAACUAGUAAGAUACUAUAGCUUCUUUUUCACUGGAAUUCAUUUUCAGCUUUGCUGAUGAGUUGCUACGGAUUUGCUGAAACAAGUCACUGCUCUUUGCUAGAGCAGAGUUAGAAUUGAAUGAUAUGACCCCUUUCCACCUUUGACUUUUUAUGACAAUAAUAAUACCUUAUUAUUAAAUAUAUUGUACUUUUAAUUUUUAAAACGUUUCACAACUUUUUCUUUCCUCUUAGUCUCUACAAUAAGUAGGCCAGACAUUAUUACUUUAUUAUUGAUAGAGAACCUGAUGCAGGCCCAUACAAAUAAUAUGACUUAACAUGAGUUUGCAUGGCUAGUUAGUGUCAGAGCAAGGACAAGAACUCAGUUCCUCUAAUUUUCAGUCCUAUGUGUUAGAAAUGCUAUACCUUACUAUUACUACUCUAUGUUUUGUUUUUGGUGCUGGCUGUUUGAGAUAUGUUAAAUUCAAAUAGUAAUGGGAUUUUGCAACUUUAAUAAAAAUGGGAAUCAUUCAUGUACAUGUCUACUUUGAUUAAUUUAGGCAAAAAUAGACUUCUUUUGGUAGAUUAAAGUACUCCAUACUUUUACUAACUCUGAAGACUUCUAUUUUCUUUUCUCGGAAGUUUGCUUUAAGACCUAAAAAUUCUAUUCUGUUGCUUGCCAUCGUUAAAAUGCACCGCUGGUUUGUAAUGGGACACUGACAAAAGUGAAAUUUAGGUUAUUUGGUAUGUGAAUUACUGAUGGUGAGACUUUGCAGCAAACGCUUGGCUCUCACCCUUCCAGUCCAUGCGUAGAGUGUCCUGCAAGCACCCGUGACUCUGCCUUGGAUUGUCUCAUCUGUACACAGGGCAGAUUGGAAAUGCUAGGAAGAUAAUGCCUUGGGAGCAGCCCUCAGCCAGUGAUGGACGGGAGUUGGAGGAUAAUUAUUCUAGCUAACUUGCCCUUCUGGUGAUACUCUGAGGCGUAUUUCACAUUGCCUCUAAAGAGUUUCCCGUGGGACUGGACUUCAUUGCCCACAGCAGGAAACUGUUAAAUAUGUAUUCUUUAUUUUCUUCCUCCUCUUCACUGUCUCACUUCCAUGCCUUUAUCCAGUGUUCCCUGGGAUUACCUCCCAAAUGAGCUUCUUGUUUUUUGAAUUCUUGUCUCAGAGUCAGUGUCUGGGACCAUCUAAAACACUUUUUCUUGAAAACACUUUUCACCUAGGAAGUAAGUCAUUACUAGUAUUCUUGUUAGAUAUGAAAGAUUUCUUUAAAAAAAGACAAUUAUUUUGAACCAGAUCUAAAACAAGUAUUUUAGUGUUCUAUUUUAGCUUGUCUCAAAAUUAUAUCCAUGUUUAAUUUAAUUUCCUUAGCUUCAUUUCAUAGCGAAGGAAAAACUCAAAGUAAAAACUCUUAGGUAGUAAUACAAGCUAAAUAUCUUAGGUGGAAAUCUUAAGAAGGACACAGUGAGUUACCUGUUUUGGUAGAAAUUAAAAAGGGUUUGGUUCAACUAAAAUUAUAGAUUAUUUCCUACUUGGAUCCUACUUUCUCGUUUCUUAUCAGGGCCUGCUUAUUCAUAGUCAGGGACCAGGAUUAACCUUGACUAACACUGAUUGUAAGGAUAAAUUUAGUUUCUGGAUAAUUUUCCCAGAGAUUUUUCUAUGAUUCUCAUUAAGUCCAAACUUUUUUGUGAUCUUAUUAAGGAUUAAGGAAUAUGGAGUUUAUAAUUUGAAUAAACUGUACAUUAAAUUUAGUGCAUUGUAAGUUUAUCUUUUAUAGCUCUUUGAUAUCUUUUUUUGAAUUAGGAAUACUGGGUUUUACAUGUUUUUAAAAAACAAUUGGGAAGCAUUCAUUUUAGACACAUGUUAAUUGUCAGUCUUCUUUCUUUUAUCAUGUAAAAAUUGUGAUAUGUGUGUGAAAUUUAUGCUGUAUUGAUUUGGUUUGUGAAAUGGAAUAUAGAUGAAUUUAAACAGGUUUAUAUUUCUGUUUUUUAGGGCCAUUCUAAGAUUAGCAUGCACAAAUAUUUUCCCAAAGGAAAAACAAAACAUUGGAAGAAUAUAUUUUAAUUAGUUAUUCUGUUUGCAAAAUACCAUCCUAAAACAUCUCUGUAUUUUUUUAAGAAAAAUUCCAGAGAGUAUAUACAUAGUGUUUUCCCCUCAGUGUAACUGCCUUGUGGUGCCUUCAAGAUUCUACUGUGUUUUUGAGUACGUGACAGGACAUUUGACCUUUGGGGUUAUAUUUGUCUGUUAGAAAUGGUCAAAAGUCAGCGGGGUGAUGAGAUUGGACAAUAUGGUUUAGAGGGAAAAAUGUUAGUGGUAAAAGAAUAAGUCUGCCUUUCUCCUGGGAUACAUUAAACUGCCCUAAAGUGGAGACUCUCCACAAUUUCGAUAGUGGCAUAUUGGAAUAAGCUUGUAGUCUGUUAAAGUAACUAUUUGUAAAAAUAAUUUUUGUUACUUCAAAAAAUUAAUCUUGUUACUUUUUAGACAUGUUACAUCCAAGCAGCUGCCUAAAUCCAGACAAGGCUUUUGGCAUUUCAGAUAUCUCAAUAUGAUAGCUUGAAAUCUGGUAUAAGAACCAGAGAUGAUUUUUAAAAUGUGUAAGAAAGCUGGCCCAUUUCCUGAACACUAAAUAUUGAAGUGAUUAAAAAUGGGGGAUAUCUUUUUAUAAAGUCUUUACUGAAAGUUGACUUCUACAAUGUGAACAAUCUCAUGAUAACCUGAUCAAUAAAAUAAGCUUAAAAAAUUGUCUCUUUUCAAAAGUUAACAUAUUUUCUAUCACCAGUAGGCCACUUAUACAGUACUUCUGUAUUAAGGAUUUAAAUACAAGCUGGCCUUUUUAAGGUUCAAAAGCGCUCCCUGCCCUCCACUAAUGUUAAGUACUUGUGUUGAUUUGAAAAUGUUGUGUUUCUGGAUGUUUAUUAAUUUGAUGAAUCUUGCAGGGUAAGUCUUUUCCUGAAAGUUCUGCUUUGUACAAUUGUCAGAGAAGAUUAACUUGGAUGAAACAAUGAUGCAUGUUUUAACAGUUAAAAAUUUUAAAAAUUUCUGUUUAAAAUCAAAUCUCUAUAACUGCCACAGAUAACUUUAUAAUUUUUGUUCUCAGAAUUAUUUGUGUGUUAGGAAAAUAUUGUACCUUAUAGUACCUGGUUUGCAUUUUUUUUUUCUGCUGUUUUAAAAAAUCUUCACAUUAAUUUCUCUUAACAAAACUAAUCUUGAAAUAAAUGUUUACAUUAUUGAAUGGGGAAAGGUUAAACCAAUUAUUAGUACUAAAACAGGCUGAAAUUUAGGUCUGGCGUUUUGAAUGGGGUUUGGAUUGAAUAUCUAAAGGAUAUCAGUUUCUACUCAGGUAUUUACUUCAGAGUUAACAUUAGAUUCAGAAUUACUUGAUUGUAAUUUACAUUUUAAAUGUUAAUGUAGAGAUUUUGCAUCAACAAUGUUUUUUAAUUUCCAGAUUCAUUUAUGCUUAUUUUUUAAACGGAGAUUUAAAUAAUUUUUAAGUAAUAGAAAUGUAGGUAAAUAUGUUGUAUUUAAAUUAUUACCCCUUUAUUACUUGAAAGGAACUUUGGUUCUGUGCAUCAUAAUAGCUUUUGAUAUGGUAUAACACAUUUCCUUUAUUUUUUCCUUGAAAUUUUACCUCUUUACCUGAAGAGAUGUCUGUCCAUAAUAGCCUCAGGUGUCUGUGCCCAACUCAUAUGAGUGAAAUUACUGUUACUAUACAAUGGCUUAGAAUGAUAUUUUUUAGCAGAAAUUUUAUAGUAAUUUCAUUACUACAUGGUAAUGAAAAGCUUUCUGAUUAGGAUCUUUAGCUUUUCUUGCUAGUUUCUGCCCUAUUAUUCUUCCUUCUCCUCUCCCUUUUUAAUGUCUACGUUGUUGGUAUCUUCUCUACAAUUUUAGGAAACUAGAUAUUUGAAAAAGGAGUCAUUUUCACUGAGUUUUAGUUUUUCUCUUCAAGAUGAGCAGUACUGUGAUAAGGAGAUGUACUUUACUUCCUUCUUUUAUAACAGCUUAUGGCACUUAAUAUUCUUAAUGAAUAAACCUUUACCAAAUGUUACACUCAUUUGCAGAUCAGCCUAGGAACACCCUCAAGAAAGAAGCAGAUGGGUUGUAUAGUAAAAUAGAGAUACUGAGAUUUUUGAGCGUGGGGAUUUUGUCAUGUCCAGUGAAGAAAAAUGUUCUUUCAAUGAAGAUAAUGAGGCUUACAAAUGGAGAAUAUAGUGCAAAAAUAUGAAUAGUUAAAACUAUUUUUAAAGAUAUAAACUAUAUUGAAAACAAAUUAAAUAGGUUAUUCCCAAGAAAAAGAUACUGUAUGUUUAAAUUAUCUUAUAUAUAUGUGGCCUUUAGAGCAGUAAAUGCCAGGAUUCAUCUGUUUCUCUCCUCCUUUUUAGGUAAUUGGAACAGGUACUUCGCUAAUAUUACUGGCUUAAUUCUAUAAUGCUUAUUAUUUUCUUACAUUUAAACACAUUUCCCUAAGAUAAAUGAGAAAAGAUACUGAUAUGUCCAUCCUCCCUUCCUCUUUGUUGUAUUUUUUCUCUGUAUAUAAAAAACAACAGUAAUAAAAUAAGCUUGCUUUUAAAGUUCUGAAAAGGCUGCUGUUACUGUAGAGAAAUGUUUUCAAGGUAGUUUUAAACCUGUAGCUCCUUGUCAUAGGUAAUCUGUCCAUUCUGUGGUAUUUUUAGCCUUAACUUUUUUUUUAACGGAGAGUGGAGCUCAGGAGAUACGAUACCCUCACAGCAGCGCCACAUUUGCUUGGGCACAUGAUUUUGGGCACAUUCUCCCUUUGUAGUGGUGUUCUCAGAUGGUUGAUCUCCCCUUCCCCCCGUUAACAACUCUGGCCUCCCAAAACCAGCCUCCUUAUUGCUCUUUCUCCCUCUGACUCUUUCCUACUCUUUUUCUCCCUCCUUCACUGAAACACAACAGGGAGAAUAAGACCCUAUAAGCAUGUAAUUACUGUAUUUCAUAUUCUUAAUUAUCACUCAUCACUUCAGUAUUAUCUCCUAAUAGAGCAGUCCUAUCAGUAAUCCUACUCGUUCAUCGUCCUUCUAAAUGUUGGUGUCAAUUUACAUAGCUUUUAAGCGUAUCGGAGACAUGACCAUUUAUAAAGGUAUUGGCUUUCACUGCUUAUGAUAAAUAAUGUUUUAAUCUUUUGCCAAAUGAAAAAAAAAACUUUUCAAAGGAAAGGAAAAGUUAUUUUAUGCAAGUGUUUGUAAACAUGUAUGUAAAUAUGUCGUUUUUCUUUCCCUCCAAAAAAUUAUUAAUAAAAAUGGAUUUUUAGUUUC